AUGAUCCUCGACGGAGUGACGCCGCAGCACGACACUGUCGACUCGGAGACAGGAUAUGGGGAAAAGUCGCUGGACGACGAGAAGCCCGUCGCCCCACGUUAUGUCGACCCAUUCGGCGACGAGGAGGGUGCCGAGGUCAAGUAUAAGACUAUGGAGUGGUGGCAAUGCGGAAUGUUCAUGAUUGCCGAGUCUGUCUCGCUGGGAGUUUUGUCUUUGCCAGCAACCCUCGCCCAGCUGGGUCUCGCCCCAGCCAUUGUUCUAAUUAUCGGACUGGGACUUCUCGCCACAUACACCGGAUAUGUCAUCGCACAAUUUCGCCAGCGAUACCCGCACAUCCAGAACUUGGCCGAUGCAGGAGAGGUUCUGCUGGGAGCAUUUGGACGGGAGCUGUUCGGGCUGGGCCAGCUGCUGUUCUCGAUUUUCAUUAUGGGCAGUCACAUCUUGACAUUUAGCGUCAUGAUGAACACCGUGACUGAGCACGGCACUUGCACCAUGGUCUUCACCACUGUCGGGUUUGUGAUCUGCAUGGUCUGUUCGCUGCCGCGAACCAUGAAGAACAUGACAUACAUCUCCUGCAUGUCUUUCGCCAGUAUCCUGACUGCUGUGAUCAUCACGAUGAUUGGCGUCGGAGUCCAGGGCAAGACCUCCACCAUCAAGGCCACAAUCGACACCGACCUAUUCCACGCCUUCACUGCCGUGACGAACAUCGUCUUCGCCUACUGUGCCCACGUCGCUUUCUUCGGUCUGCUGGCGGAGAUGAAGGAGCCCAGGGACUUCCCCAAGGCUCUCCUUAUGCUGCAGUCUUUCGAGAUUGUCCUGUACACAGUUGCCGCCGUGGUGAUCUACUACUAUGCCGGCCAGUCUGUGGAAUCUCCCGCUCUGGGAUCCGCUGGCCCCGUGCUGAAGAAGGUUGCCUACGGCAUUGCCAUCCCAACUAUUAUUGGAGCUGGUGUCGUGAACGGCCAUGUCGGCCUAAAAUAUAUUUAUGUUCGCCUUUUCCGUGGCUCGGACCGCAUGCACAAGCGCGACCUGGUCUCCAUUGGCUCGUGGGUGGCCAUCGGCCUAACCUGCUGGAUCAUUGCCUGGAUUAUUGCCGAUGCCAUUCCUGUUUUCAGCGACCUGCUGAGUCUGAUUAGCUCGCUCUUUGCCAGUUGGUUCAGUUACGGUCUCGGUGGCGUGUACUGGCUGCACCUCAACUGGGGCCAAUACCUCUCCUCCCCACGCAAGAUCUGCCUUACGAUCGUCAACGUUCUGAUCGUGGUUAUUGGAGGCACUAUGUGCGGUCUUGGUCUCUACGUCUCCGGAAAAGCGAUUCACGAUGAUGCCUCCAGCAACAGCUUCUCUUGCGCCAGCAAUGCGUAA